CGAUCCAUCCAUCGAUCCAUCCAUCCAUCGAUCAAUGGAUCAAUGGAUCGAUCCAUCCACUAGAACCAGGUGGAAUGGCGGUCGAUGAUUUUUGCAAAGCUUUUCAGGGCUUUCCCUGUUUUUCCUUCUAGUAUUCCUCCCUUUUCACUCGUCAAAAGAAUGUCGAUGGCAUCGACGAUUUGCCGAAAGGAGGGCCGCUCGUCGAUGUCGGUGCUCCAACAGGAGCUGAUGAGCUUGUUCAGCUCGGGCGGCCACCUCUUGCUCAGGUGGGGGCGUUCUCCGCCGUGGACGACGUUCUCGUAAAAGGUUUCUCUGCUGAGGCCGUUGAAGGGCCGCUUUCCGGCGUUCAUCUCCCACAAAAUAAUUCCAAAGGAAUACACGUCGGCCUUGUGGUUGUACGGAAGUCGAUCCGCCACUUCCGGCGCCAUGUAUCGAAGGGAACCCGUCUCCCCGCUCAUCUGAUAGGUUUCGUUGGACUCCGGGUUGGCGUUUUCUACCAAUCUGGCCAGACCGAAGUCUAUGAGCUUGACCUGGCCGUCGAGGGUGAAGCCGAUGUUGUCCGGUUUCAAGUCCCGGUGUAGCACCAUGCUUCCCGGGAUGGCUUGCUCGUUGCAAUACUGCAGGGCGCAGGCCAGGGAUCGGGCGCAGCGCAACACGUCCAGAUAGGAUUGCUUUGGCUUCUUCCCCCAAAACCGACCUCUCUUGUCACGAAUGCGUGUGUCGUAUCCCAGCAACUGGGUCAGGGUUCCACCGUCCAGUCGUUCGAGAACGAUGAAUCUAAUCUUCUUGCUGGUCCAUCCGGCACCGAUCACCCGGACAAUAUUGGGAUGGUUCAAUCUCGAAUGAACGGCUGUUAGCCAGUAUCAAAACGAAACGAAACAAAUUGUGUGAGCAUGAAGAGAAAAAAGCAACACACGCUAGUCUAGAACGGCAUUCCGCUGGGUAAUAAAGAAUCCACCAUCGCGGCAAAACAUACGAGAAUCCAGCACGACAACAAAGCGAGAGAGCACUCACCAACCUCGGCUUCGAUCUCGUGCAAGGCCAUGGCCGAGUCCUGGCACUCGGGCCGGAGGGUCUUGACGACCACCGGCUUUCCGUCAAAGACGGCCGUGUGGAUCCACGAAUUCCCCCCGUCCGUCAGGUAUUCCACAUUGUGCAGCUGGCGCCACUGCAGGUCCAGGCGGGCCCCGGUGAUCGACGUGCGGUUGGCGCGCUGGUAGCACUUGCUCAGGGCCGACUUUUGUUUCCGGCCCGCGCCUCCCGUGGUCUUGGAGAGCUGGUGGUGGCCGGCGCUGGACGACAUGACAGCGGCUCUACCGUCCUGGUCGGUGCGGACACCCUCGGCUCGAUCGAGCAAUCCGUCCGUGUCGAGGGAGUUGACCGAGGUCACCGCGGCGCUCAGCGACAUGUGGAUGAGGAAUUCCACCGCGGCCGGCUUGAGGAUGAUCCUUCGGAGGGAGAAAUAGAUGAUGGUGACAUUGGUGUUGGACACCUCGUGGCAGACGGGGACGGCUACUGCCGUUCGCACGUUGCUAAGACUCGUUUUGAGAGCCUCGGCUCCGUUCGGCGUGUGGCCCGUCACCCACACGACAUCGUUUGCGUCCUUGGCCCGCUUGCACAGGGCCGGGGACAGCUUGUGCGUGCGUUCGUUGGACCUUUCUCCGUAAUACACGUCUACUACUUCCUGGCGAACGGAGUCUUCGAGGGCCGCGGGCCGCAGGUGCGAAUUCGUCAGCUGGUGGGUUUUUGGGCCGGUUCGGAGCCACAUCUCAGCAAUGUCAAACCCCAUGACCUCACAAGAACCAGACAAUAUUGCCUCCACAUGGGACGAGGAAUUGUGAAAGAGCUUGUCGUGAUAAAGAGAUCUCCCCGCAUUGAUCACAGCGACGGCCUGUCCAAUCGCAGCCUCUGCCGCGGUCGGAGCAGCCUGGGCCGGGGAUACCCCGGGGUUGCCGUUUUGGAUCCCUUGGCCGUCAUCCGCUGGUCCUAUCACCGCUCCGUCGGAUACUAAGUCUUCAUUGGUGUUGCUGCUGUCAUUUUGCAGCUGUUGCUGUUGUUGCUGCUGCUGCUGCAACAGUUGCUGUUGCUGGUCCUUCAGCCUGACAUAGGCCACCGAACCAUCGGUGCUUCCAAUUGCCCAAGGAAAAGUCGAAUCCACGAGGUGGAAGAUCGGUUCGAAGGUGGGUUGCGGGGGAGGACUCAGCUGGAACGGGACCGGGGCUCCAUAAUUCGGCUGCGGCGAUACAGGAAUUUGCACUCCCGGUGGUUGGAUGUGUUGUUGCUGGUGAGAUGGGGGCUCUUCCGGGGUUGGUUGCAGCGGAAUAGAAGAGGACGAAACUCGUCUCUUCUGCUUUCUUUCGGGGGUCAGUGAAAGUUCACCCACGUUCGGAAGGGUUCCGUCCUCAGAAAGAGACACGCCGUUGUUGUCAUUGUGGUUGCCAGUAUCAUUUCCAUUCAUCGCAUCCCAGCUGCGAUCUCCUUGUGGAGAGAGCUCCGAUGUCAUAUCUCCGCCGUAGGACGGUGACAGCUGAGGGGAUGGAACAGACUUGACGGCGCUCAUAGCCGUUGCGUACAGCGAUGAUGAAUUCCGUGGAUGGAUCGACUUUGGAGGCGACUAAUCACGCAACGCGAAAUUACGCGUAAGAGAUCUCGGACUCACUCGCUCCCUGGAGGGCAAGAAACUGCGUGAGAAGAAGCAAAACCAAUUUAAUCGUCAGAAAACUGGAAUUGUCCGAAAACUGUCCCGGGCAUGAAUUGGGAUUUUAUGGAAUGAAUGGAACUGAAUCUAAUACAAAAAAGAUUUCCGU